AUGGGGUGCCCUUGGUGCUGGAAAUGUCCAUGGGUGGCAGUAACCACUUACCAUCAGGGUGAUGGUCCCAAGCUGGUCCGUGAGUUGUUUAGAGUGGCUGAAGAGCAUGCUCCUUCAAUUGUGUUUAUUGAUGAAAUUGAUGCUGUAGGAACUAAACGGUAUGAUUCCAAUUCUGGAGGAGAAAGGGAAAUUCAAAGGACUAUGUUGGAGUUACUGAACCAACUUGAUGGGUUUGAUUCUCGAGGUGAUGUUAAGGUGAUAAUGGCUACAAAUCGUAUAGAGACACUAGAUCCUGCUCUUAUUCGACCUGGGCGUAUAGAUAGAAAAAUCGAGUUUCCACUGCCUGAUGAGAAAACUAAGAGGAGAAUCUUUACUAUUCACACAUCAAGGAUGACAUUGGCAGAUGAUGUAAAUUUGUCUGAGCUUAUUAUGUCCAAGGAUGACCUAUCAGGUGCCGAUAUAAAGGCUAUAUGCACUGAAGCUGGUCUUAUGGCGCUGAGGGAAAGGCGUAUGAAAGUCACCAAUGAGGAUUUCAAAAAGUCUAAGGAAAGUGUCCUCUACAGAAAGAAGGAAGGCACACCUGAAGGGCUUUAUCUAUAA